UUGAUUAUGUUGUUAUAUGCUAUGAUAAAUGGCGCCAAUGGUCAUGGAAGAUUGUUAGAUCCACCAUCAAGAUCUAGUAUGUGGAGAUUUGGAUUUAAAAACCCACCUAAUUAUGAUGACCAUCAAUUAUUUUGUGGCGGUGUUUCGAUUCAAUGGGGACAAAAUGAUGGAAAAUGUGGUCUGUGUGGUGAUGCUUGGCAAGGUCCUCGACACAAUGAGCCCGCUGGUAAAUAUGCCAAUGGAAUUAUUGUUAAGAAAUAUAAAGUAGGACAAGUCAUCACAGCAAGGGUUGAGUUAACAGCAACUCAUAAAGGUUAUUUCCAAUUUAAAUUGUGCUCAAAUGAUAAUCCAUAUAAAAAUAUUACACAGGAAUGUUUAGAUAGCCAUGUUCUAGAGGUUGUUGAUACUGGUACAACGCAGUUUCCAGCUCCGACCACUAAUGGUAAUGUAACUGUCAAGUUAAAGCUACCCAAGGAUGUCAAGUGUACCGCCUGUGUUUUUCAGUGGAAAUAUAAUUCUGGAAAUAGUUGGGGAACUUGUAAGAAUGGACAAGGAGGUAUCGGAUGUGGUGCUCAAGAACAAUUUUACGGAUGUGCGGAUAUUGCGAUAGGUUACCCAGAUAUUGUAAUAGGAAAAACAUUAGAGAAGCGUCCAUGGUAUUUUGAGAGUCCAGAUUCUGAUUGGCAUUGGGGUAUUGUGGGUCGUGUGAAUAAUACAUUCAUAUCAGCUGGUACCAAUAUAAUGUGUUCUGGUUUUAUUUUGACAGUUAUGUUCCUAGUUUCAACCAUUGUGUUCCGACUUUUGUGAUAAUUUGUGACUAUUUUAUAAUAUUUUGUAGAAAAUGAUGUGAAUAAUAAUUUAGCCAGUAUUAAGAUUGUAAAAUAUAAUAUAUGCAAGCAUUUGGGACGAUUGGGACUGGUGUUCCAGAACACACUUUAUGUUAAUAACCCUUUAUCUUUCGCAACAUAUCCAUGUUAUCUAGGGGUAUACAUGUAUUUUAAUGACCAUAAACAAACAUUCCAUCAAAUUUAAAUGAAGAAUACUUUACCCACUUACUCUAUUCAUCAAUACAAUCAUCUAAUAACUUAAAAGACCCAUCAGAAUGAUUAUGUAUCUACUGAGAUUAUCCUCCUGCUCUGAAAUAUACUUUUUCUUUAAAUCCAUACCUAUGCUUCACAAACAUAAUUAAUGUACCCAUAAACCCAUAUCAUACAAUAUUAUCCAACCAUGAGAAUAUCGUAGUCAAAUCUUAAUAUUAAAGUGGUUUAUGAGAUCUUGAGAUAAUAUGAAAUGACCAUUUAGAUCUUAAAUGGGUAUUUCAGGUAUAGUUGCUUCACUAUUUCAUUGGAUUAAUGCAACGAUCUGUUAAUCUUUUGAGACUGAUGACCACAUGGCUCUGAUUUUUACAUUUUAUGAGUUUUCUUUUUGUAAAUAUGUAAAAUAAUAUGUUUGAUUAUGUAGAACGCAAUAAAAUGUAUUCAUCGAC